AUGAGUGAAUCGGCGGAGCAGCUCCGCAGGAUGCAAAUCCUUCAAAUGGCGGACCUAGGAACCGCUCGGCGUGAAAUGAUUUCUACCGCCGACUCCAAGACUCGGGCUCGCCCACAUCUUGCCGAGAUUGAAUCCAAGCGACUUGUCGAUCAGAGAGAUGAAGCUCAAUUGAGCAAAUGGGCAAAUUUACAUGCUGAGAUCGGAGAUACUCAUGGAAUGGAAGAACUCGAUGACAUAGAUUCCGGCCAGUCCCACCGAGCUAAUUUGCACGCCAUGUUGCAUCCCAAUGGAAGUCAGCCGCGAACCUACGCCAAUCAUCCUUACCCAGCUCCAUCUGUAGGUCGCGGUGGUGGUGUCAUGGGAAAGAGAGGACGAGGUGGCUUCGUUCACCCUCCUCCAAGCGGACCUGCUAGUCUUCCUCCUGCUCCUCCAAGAAAUCGCAGAGGCUCCUUCCAUGCAAAUAUUACUCGCUCAGGACGCCCAGGACCGCGCGCUCGCUCGACUACAAUGUCGGCCAGUAUUCAUUUGGACCCUGCGCUAAACUGCAACAACGAUGACAGCGAUGCUCGUGACCGAGGAAGGGGACGUGGACGAGGCAAAGGCAAGGGCAAAGGUCGCGCCCAAGAGCAUGUUCACUUCCCGACUGCCCCUAGCAGACCCCAGCGCCCAGCUCCAGCCAUCAACUUCGCCACUAGAAUCUCUGAGCCUGGGGACUUCAUGUCCUUAUUUCAGUCUCGCCGAGCAACUGAAACGUACAAGCCUAUCGAUACAGUCACCUCUGCUCCAAUCCAGAAGACUGCAUCUGUGCAGGAACCCACUCCGCCUAACGAGCUAAAGGCCAGGAUGCUUCCGGGCGGUACACCCAAGAAGAAGACGACGGGCAUUCUUCCACCUUCGAAGCCUCCAUCCUCGCCAGUAGCAACAUCAACAACGCCAUCUCGUGUUGUUCCUAUUGAGAAGACAGCAUCAUUCAAACCCUCCAAGCCCCAGGCUACUGCAGCCAAGAUUUCUCAGUCACAUAUUGGGCCCUACGUAGUGGAAACACCCUCGCCGUCACCUCGUGCCGUUCCUCUUGAUAAGACCGCAUCUUUCAAAACCCGCAAGGCCCAGCCUGAUACACCCAAAUCGUCUCGGCCACAUAAUAAAGCCUUUCCAGCGGAAGCGCCCAACCCGCCACCAUCUCACUCCGCUUUUGUCCAACAAAGUGCCAAGUCCAAAAAGGCGAAAGACAUGGCGACUGGUUCCCAGGCUCCUUUUCCAGCAGUGGUCGCAGUCGCUGCGAAUGAAAUUCAAUGGAAGGUUCCUCCCGGCGAACAGCCACGAAAGAAGGGCACGGCUCCGUCUGAAAACCCUAUGCCCCUCCCCGAGGCUAAGAAAACAAUAGCCGCCAAGGUCGCUCAAAUCAAAGACAACAAGCAGAAUGUUUCUCCUGCUAGCCAGAAGGAGAAGACCAAGCAGAAAGCUCAGUCUCAAGAUCUUCUCAGCGAGGACGACCCUCCGGUUAAUACAGCAAUGACAGCCCCUCACCAUUUGAAGACAGUGGCCAUCCAGAGUCCAGGUACUGCAGAAUUGGCAGGUCUUAAGUUUGCCGAGAGACCCGGGGAGUCGGUGCCAGUCAAGAGCAUUGACGAAGUUAUUGCCCCUAAAACAACGACCAAUAAGAUCCCAGACGCCGAGUCUCGCCGCAAUGAUCAGAGUCAAGCACUUGACGGCUUCGGUAUCUAUGGUCCGCAAAUUGUUCAAGAACUUCGCGAACUCCGCAGACACAUUCGCACGCCCCAAGAUUUGGCUACUACCCGUGAUAUUGAACGCAUACUGGAGUCUAAAUUGCUCCAGUUGGUCCCUACAGCAUAUGCACCACCUGCGCCUGCAGCACCUGCAUCCUCAGAGAUAGAAAGACGAUUGGGUAAUCUGGUUGCACUUGUGGAAUACCUUUCAACAUCACAGCAAGGAACUAACGCUGUUGAAGCUUCUUCGGCUGCCCGGCGCGACCUUACCCCAUUUGAGGGGCACCGAUCGCCGCCUCCACCUUCGUCUAGUUCGAACUCACCUCCGUCUGCUGAUAAACGCGCGCACAAGGUAUGUGUGCCCGGCCUGUCACCAACCAGGAGUGAGAGUUCCGACAUUAUUUCGCAGUUCGAAUCCCUUCAGGUCUCGGACAAACUCGCCGCGCCCCUCCAACCGCAGCGUGCGGUCCCUGCUCCAGCUCUUCGUCCGCUAGAUAUUCCAAAGAGGGUCACUACAUCCGAUGCGUCCGUUCAUGCUGCUCCUGCUCUUGCAAAGGACGCGACGAAAAAGCCACAGACUCUUAAUGAUUCAAUCUUUGCAGGACCUGUAGGCCCUGUCACUUGCAAUGCUAACGUUAUUGAACCUAAUGUGGUGCGACCUCAGACCGCGACUCGGGGGCUGAGCGCAAGCCAUCCGAACAUUCCCAAACGACCGGAUGUUCAGUCGGCCGGCGCUCGUACAAUCGGCCCUGCGCCAUACAAACCCCGCGUUAUCGGUCCUGCACCUUCAGCCUAUGAGCCCACCACAUUGUGCGAUGUGUCAACAGCCCAUAUUCGUACCGUUUCCGCCCAGAAUGCUAGCACUGAGAAUCGGCCCUCAUUGAAUGUUGCAAACCGUCUUCCGAGCUUCAUGAGUGAAUCCAGCGGCCCAGCUUCCCAGCAAGCUCCGAACCCAGUGUUCUCCAUGCCUGACCCUGCGACAAUUCCCCAGCCCAGAGCAAAGACUGAUAGUUCGUUCCCUCCUAACCUAUCUCGCCGCUAA